AUGGCGGUGCAGGACCCCCGCCCCACCCACACCAUCGACAUCAACAACCUCAACGAGAAGAUCAAGAAGGAUGAGCUGAACAAGUCCCUCUGUGCCAUUUUCUCCCACCUUGGGCAGAUUUUGGACAUUUUGGUGUGGCGCAGUCUCCGCAUGCGGGGCCAGGCCUCCGUCAUCCUCCAGGGGCUGAGCAGUGCCAGCAACGCCUGCGCUCCAUCCCAAAGGUUCCCCUUUUAUGACAACCCUAUGGAUCCAGUAGCCAAGAAGGACUCGGACAUCAUGGCCAAGGUGAAGGGAACGUUCCUGGGGCGGAACCGGGAGCAGGAACAGGACAAGGGGGCACAGGGGACAGUGCCUGUGAGUUAUGGGGUCAGUUCUGGGGUUUGGGGGGAUGCUGCCACACCGAGCGGGGGGAACUGCCCGACAUCCCCCCCGGGCAUGAUCCCACCCCCUGGAAUGGCCCCAAAUCCUGGAAUACCCCCUGGAAUGGCCCCAAAUCCUGGAAUGGCCCCCAUGCCUACUCUACAUCAUCUGUCAGAGAACCCCCCAAACCACAUCCUGUUCCUGCCCAAGCUCCCCGAGGAGACCAAGGAGCUGAUGCUGUCCAUGCUCUUCAAGCAGUUCCUGGGGUUCCAGGAGCUGUGCCUGGUUCAGCACCACGACAUCGCCUCCAUGGAGUUCCACACUGAGGUGCAGCUCGAGGCCCUGCAGGGCUACAGGAUCACCCAGAGCAACGCCAUGAGGUUCUCCUUCAUCAAAAAGUGA